AUGCGACAGCAAGGGGUCACCAUCGUCGCGCUGACGGCAUUGGCAGUGGUGUUAGUGUGUGGCAUCCGGUGCGUGGAGGCUGGAAGAGUCAGGGUGUACGCCAAGAGCGCCAGCGUGCCAUCACAUGUGGACUACUUCAGCGACGCGGAUGUGUAUGUCAGGUUUCGAGUGGAAGGUGUCACAGACUACAUCAAGACAAGAGAGAUUGAGAGCAACAGUCCAACAUGGAACCAGUGGCUGGACUUUGGGCGAACGGACAUUAGGCCCUCGGGAACGGUGCGAGUGCAAAUGUGGGAUGGUGACUUUUUUGGCGGUGACUUGAUUGCCGAAGACACGUUUGACUUCUCGUUCAGCGGAUGCAACAAGCAGACAACUUCUUACACGCUUCGCCAAGCCGCAUACACAACAGUUUGGUCGUUCAACAUCCGGAUCAAAAUUGGCACGACCACCUUUGACUUUACUCUCGAAUACACCCCAACCAACCUGUGUUCAACGUCGUAUUGCGAUGCGACCUCGACCACAUGUUCCUGCCGCUCCGACAACAGCGCAACGUGCUCCUGCAAGAGCGGGUACACCUAUGUUGAUGCACGGCGUUGCAAAGAACGCAACAUCUGCACCAACAACGUCAAAGGUUGCGACCUCUCCUCCACCACGUGCCGCAAGACUGGGCCAGGCACGGCCGAGUGCGACUGCAAGUCUGGCUACCGCCGCAGGACCUCCACCUCAUGUGCCGCCAUCAACCCGUGCAGCGACAACCCCAACAUCUGUGGCAGGAACUCCCAGUGCUCCAUGACGGGACCAGGCACGUACAGGUGCACGUGCGAGGAUGGCUACUCCUCGUCGACAGCCGACAACAAGAACUGCAGGCCCAUCGACAGAUGCGAGCUGAACACGGACACAUGCGACGGCAACAACACCAUCUGCGAAUACGUAGGACCAAACAGGUUCAAGUGCACGCCAUGUCCAGACGGCCACAAGGCGACGGACGACGAGUGCAUGCAGAUUAACCCGUGCAUGGAGAACGAAGGCAUCUGCGGCGACAACGCGACUUGUGAAUUUGCCGGACCUGGCAAGUACACGUGCCUGUGCGCGAGUGGAUACGAGCACGACUCGCCCACAGAUAAGUGCACGCCCAUCAACCGCUGCGAACAGACACCAGGCCCAUGCGGCGACAACUCCAAGUGCUCUCCAACAGGUCCCGGCACAUACACGUGCCUGUGCGAGCAAGGGUACGAGUCCGAUGACAGCGCCCAGACGAACUGCUCGCCCAUCAACCCGUGCGACACGAACAACGGCGGGUGUGGUUCCAACUCCCAAUGCGAUCACACGGGACCAGGCACGCGCAGGUGCACGUGCGACGCUGGCUUCAGGAGUACCUCCAACGACGGAGCAAACUGUGUGGAGAUUGACCCGUGUGUCACCGACAACGGAGGCUGCGGCAAUGCAAGCACCACCUUGUGCAUGAAGACGGGCCCGAACGAGCGCGAGUGCAGCUGCAGGGACGGAUUCACGUCGGAGACGGGGCGCGACUGCAUCUGGAUCAACCCAUGCGUCAACGAGGACUACGGCGGCUGUCUGCAAGCAACAGAGAUCUGCAUGAACACGGGCCCCAAUGAGAACAAGUGUGACUGCCGCACCGGCUUUGAGUUUGACGAAGAGACCGGACACUGCCAGUGCGGUGACCGGCCGGCAUGCCCAGAGUUUUCGGCGUGUCAGGACUCUUCAUGCGUGUGCGAAGGGGGUUUGCGGUUGGUGGAGACAGACGUGGGUGACCUGGCCUGUGCCCCAACUACCACCACAACCACAACAACAACAACAACAACAACAACAACAACAACAACAACAACAACAACAACAACAACAACAACAACAACAACAACAACAACAACAACAACAACAACAACAACAACAACACCCACCACCACCAUCACUACAACCACCACCACCACCACCACCACAACAACAACAACCAGCACAUCUGCUUCCCCCAUCGUUGUCACCACGACACCGUACACUGCGGCAGCAGGAACAACCACAACGACUACUGCUGCAAUUGGCACCACGGGCCGUCAUCACAAGCAAGCACAGCCCACCUCUACCACGUCCACGUCUGCCGUGUUCACCAUUGCACCUCCGAAUCGCCAGCGAUCGUCCACGUCAUCUGCUGCAGAUCCCGUUGUCAUUGGUGCCGGCAUUGGCGGCGCACUCGUCGGGUGUGCACUCCUCAUCAGCGUUGUUGUCCUCUUUGUUCGACGUCGCCGCGGCCGCCAUGACGGCCAUCACGACACGACAACCACGGCACCACCAUCUCAUCCACCCGUGUAUGGUCGGGGUGUUCCCCCUCCACUGGCGAGCAUGUCCACCACCAACCCGCUGUUUGUUGGCGACGCCAUGAUGGAGCCAGCAGGCAUGCAGCCGGCCUGGCUGCCCGAGGAGGACGCAACCGCCUUUGAUCUUGAUCCCAGCAACCACUACGACAAUCUGCAAGAAGAUGAUGCCAGCAAUGUGGCUGACAACUGCUACGACAGCGUUCAGCCUGCCGAUGACCAGCGCACAUAUUUGACGCCAGGCCAAUCUAAGCAGCACGCCCCAGCAUAUCAUGUCCCGAACGUGAUGGGUGGUGGCGGUCCAACACAACACACCCGCAAUCGCGACUACGAGCAGCCCACAUCCACGCAGCAGCACUGCUACGACAGCCUGCAGCCCGAGUACAGCAGCAGCAGCAGCAGCAACCAUUGUCACCACCACUACGAUUUUGUUGCGGCGCAGCCAGAGUACGACAAUCCUGGCACCAUCUAUGAUGUCGCUGAAAGUUUUGUGCAAGUGCAGAACGAGAAUGGUUACGCGCAGCUGCAAGGCCCCUUUGCGACAUAUGCCGCUACACAGCGCCAGCAGGGACAACACCCACGAUCCGAUGUCGUGUACGAUGUGGCGUCCCCGUCUUUCACUGAACGACCAACUCAUCACCACCAGCACCACCUGUAUGAUGUUGGCAGCGACACGGGUGCUGGCCCACGCCGUGUCCGCUCCAUCAGCAGCUCUGAAACUGCACCAAUCUACGAUAUGGCGAGCGACUCACACGCAUGAAAAACGAGAGUGUGUCAUGGGCUGGCAAGUGUUUGUGUGUGUGUGUGUGUGUGUGU